GAGUUCGAAAAUUUGUAUUGUAGUCACUGCCAGCAAUCACUCAGAUCCACUUCGACGACGCUUGUCUAUGCUUGGUUGAGGAGACUACGGUGAGGAGCGCAAACCCGUACAGUACAUGAUCGCAUAGCUGACAUGAUUCAGGUAUGCUCCGCCAGACGCUUCUUCAGCAUAUCAAAACCAUCAAACCAGACGUAAUCUCUGUUGAUGCAGUCUACAUACACCUUGAUGACUUAGCUGACAAAGCGUCGCCACAAAGAAAAGCUAUUGAUCUAUUGCUGGACUACGGCGAUGACAUCACGCUUCAUUCCGAACACAAUGUCUUCUACAUUCUACCAAGAACUGCGACUGACAUCGCUGGCAUAUGCAACUUAUCACAGCACAUAGAUCGUCUUGAACGCGGGGUCGCGUUCAAGGAAGACUUGACUAGCGGUGUGAUCUUUCAACAUCACGCCCCAAGCUCACUGCGGACGGUGGAGUUGAGAGGAGAAGGAGAAGAGGAAAAGCUCUCGAUCGCGAACAAAACAUUAGGACUCGCACUUGCAGCAGACGAAAUCGAUUACCUGGUGGAAGCAUUUGUAUCUGGAUCGUCGCCAAUCAACCGCAACCCCACCGACGCUGAACUAUUCAUACAUAAAAUAUUCAACGCGUCGUGGACAAUAGACCAGACGCUUCUCGACCGGUCGCUUCCACUCGGAACCAUCUCCGCAUAUUCCGAUAACGCAGCUGUCCUUGAAGGUGCACAAGCUCCUCGAUUCGGCCAUAUCUACCAAGCCUCGGUCGAGAACAUGCCAAUUCUCAUCAAAGUCGAGACCCACAACCACCCCACUGCGGUCUCUCCUUAUCCUGGAGCAGCCACAGGCUCCGGAGGCGAGAUUCGAGAUGAGGGAGCAGUAGGCCGAGGAUCGAAACCAAAAGCCGGACUAGCUGGCUUCACGCAACCUUGGGAGACGGACUUCGGCCCUCUCGACAUCAUGAUUGAAGGCCCUCUAGGCGCGAGUGCCUUCAACAACGAAUUCGGCCGUCCAGCACUUGCAGGCUACUUCCGCACAUUCUCUGAAUCUGUCCCUGCCUCAGAGGACGGAUCAAAACAGGAGAUCAGAGGCUAUCACAAGCCAAUCAUGAUCGCCGGUGGAUACGGGAAUGUCCGUCCACAAUUCGCGAUGAAAUCGCGGAUUUCCCCAGGGGCGAAGAUCAUCGUGCUGGGUGGCCCAGGUAUGCUCAUCGGUUUGGGUGGCGGAGCAGCAUCCAGUCAGGUAUCUGGUGCCAGCUCCGCGGAAUUGGAUUUCGCAUCUGUCCAGAGAGAGAAUGCAGAGAUGCAGAGGAGAUGCCAGCAAGUUAUUGACGCUUGCGUUGGCUUGGGGGAGGGUAGUCCUAUUCAAAGUAUUCAUGAUGUGGGCGCCGGUGGACUGUCAAAUGCACUCCCAGAGCUAGUCCACGACUCUGGACUGGGUGCGAUGUUUGAGAUCAGGGACGUGCUUGUCGCGGACAGUUCUAUGUCUCCCAUGGAGAUAUGGUGCAACGAAAGUCAGGAGCGUUAUGUCCUCGCUGUCUCGGCGGAGAAGGCAAGCGAGUUCGAGAGAAUAGCACGAAGAGAACGGUGUCCAUUCUCCAUUGUUGGCGUCGCAACAGAAGAAGAAGAACUCAUCGUCACCGACCGCCUCCUUUUGCAAGAUGUCAUUCAUCUCAAGAUGUCGACGCUUUUCGGCAAGCCUCCUCGCAUGUCGCGCAAGGAUACCACGCGCAAAAUUGGUUUCACGAAUUUUGACACUACCCUUUCUCAAUAUCUUCCAAAAUCCACCUUGUCCGACCGCUUCUCUCUCGCAGUGGACCGCGUUCUCCAUCUUCCAUCAGUGGGGUCGAAGUCUUUCCUCAUCACCAUUGGAGACAGAACCAUCACGGGUUUGGUAACUCGAGACCAAAUGGUUGGACCGUGGCAGGUUCCAGUUGCUGACGUUGCCGUUACUCGGUCAUCGUAUGGCUUUGACGUCCUGAGUGGUGAAGCCAUGGCGAUGGGUGAGCGAACACCUGUCGCCUUGUUAAAUCCAUCUGCAUCUACUCGUAUGGCUAUCGCCGAGGCACUCACCAACCUAGCUGCAGCUUCCGUCGCCAGUCUUUCCCGUGUCAAGCUCAGUGCAAACUGGAUGUGCGCUGCCUCUAAGGAAGGUGAAGGCGCAGGCUUGUAUGCCGCCGUGGCCGCUGUUGGUAUGGAACUUUGUCCUGCGCUGGGCGUCGGCAUCCCGGUCGGUAAAGAUUCGAUGUCGAUGUCGAUGAAGUGGAAGCAUGGAGAGGAGCAGCGUGAAGUUAGUUCUCCUCUAUCCCUCAUCGUCACGGCGUUCGCGCCGGUGAACGAUGUCGAUCGAACCUGGACGCCGCAACUGCGUACAGACCUGAAAGAAACGACUGUACUCGUAUUCUUCGAUCUUGCACAUGGCAAGACGCGCAUGGGCGGAUCUGCGCUUGCGCAGGUCUUCAAGGAGAUCGGGUCAGAAGCACCAGACGUCGAGAAUCCUCUCACAGUUCGAACGUUCUUCGAUGGAUGCCAGAAGAUCAAGAAGAGUCGACCUGGCUUAGUGCUUGCGUAUCACGAUCGCUCGGACGGAGGUCUUUUCACCACUUUGGCGGAGAUGUGCUUCGCUGGCCGGGUGGGGGCUGUAGUUUCCCUUGACACUCUCCACAGUGCUUCCGACCCAGUGGCUACCUUGUUCAACGAGGAACUAGGAGCUGUCGUCCAAGUUUGCGAGUCCCACCUGAGCAAGCUCAUGAGCGAAGUCAACAUUGAUCCUUCUGAUCAACUAUUCGCCAUCAAUCACGAAUCCAAGGUGCUAUUUUCGAGCACGCGUCAGGAGCUUCAACAAGCCUGGGCAGAGACUUCGCACCGUAUGCAAUCACUGCGCGACAACCCUAUCGGAGCACAGCAGGAAUUCGCCCUCAUCAAGGAUCAUACCCACAGGGGUUUGUAUUACGAUCUCACAUUCGAGUAUGCGCAAUCGCCCUCGAGGAGUCUUUUGUCGCGGCCGAAGGUUGCCGUCUUGCGUGAGCAAGGUGUCAAUGGACACGUGGAAAUGGCUUGGGCAUUCACGGCGGCAGGUUUUGAUGCCGUAGACGUCCACAUGUCGGACAUUCUCUCUGGAGAGCUGUCGCUCUCGAGCUUCCGCGGGCUAGCAGCUUGCGGUGGCUUUUCCUAUGGAGAUGUUCUUGGCGCUGGAAAAGGCUGGGCUCACUCAGUGCUUUUGAACGACAUAGCGAGGAAGGAGUUCACCCACUUCUUCGCAGACAAAAAUACGUUCACUCUCGGCGUCUGCAACUGGGAGAUCAUUCCUGGCGCAGAGCACUGGCCCGACUUCAAGCCAAACGCUUCUGAGCGCUUCGAGGGCCGUGUAUCCGUAGUUGAAGUCACCUCUAACGAAGUGACGAAGGCCUCCGUCUUCUUGCGAGACAUGGUCGGAUCAAAGCUUCCUGUCGCUGUUGCUCACGGAGAGGGAAGGGUGUCCUUCUCGGACGACACCCAGAGAGAUGCCCUGCAGAAAGCCGGACUCGUCGCACUGCAAUAUGUUGAUUCUGCAGGUGAACCCACAGAGGUUUACCCAUUGAACCCGAACGGCAGUCCCGAUGGGAUCACCGGCGUGCAGACGGUUGACGGUAGAAUAUUAGGUCUUAUGCCGCAUCCAGAACGUGUCGUAGCACUGGAGAGUUGCAGCUGGUAUCCACCCGCGUUUGCGGAUUCCUGGGACGGUUCAAGUCCUUGGUUCAGGCUUUUCCAGAGUGCUCGUGCCUGGGCGAAUUAGAGGAGUCGGGAGCAGAAGUGCACAUACUAAAUUAAAGGAACUCAAGAAGAGUUCCUUUCAUGGAGAUGAAGAACUAUGGCUGUAGCUGGUUCGAUCGUAUAUAAAUAUCAAUUCCGUUGACAUCAAUCUGUAUCAUUGUGCUCGAAAGAAGCUUCAGAUCGAUCCAUGGCGAACAGAACGAAGACGAGGUGGCAGUGACGU